AUGGAUAUUUUCCUAGAUAUCCUGGAUACAUUGAUCCUCGAUCGGUGCUAUGCAGUUCUCUCACCAGACCCAACAGCUGUUUUCAACAAUGGUACUGUAGCCAAUCCGAAUUUGAAUCGACAUGUCCGGGUUUAUUAUCCCAUGCAGCCGUCAAAGUGGGCGGAGGGAAGCCUCUGGAAGAGAGAUGACAUUGCCAGACAAGCAUUGUCAUUAUACUUGAUUACAUGGCUUUUCGCAAUGAUAAUGUACCUCUUCGGUAGCCUCCUACUAUACCACACACUAUUCGACAAAAGACUCCUCCAACAUCCACGAUUCCUCCGAAACCAAAUCAAACUCGAGAUCAACCAGGGCAUAUCCGCAAUUCCCGUGAUGGCCAUUCUCACCGUCCCCUUCUUCCUAGCAGAGAUCAGGGGAUGGUCAAAGCUAUAUGAUUUCACCAGCGACUCCCCGUUCUUCGGAUACACUUUACUGCAAUAUCCAUUGUUUAUCUGCUUCACAGACAGCGGCAUUUACUGGAUACACCGUGGUCUGCAUCACCCUCGCAUCUACCGCUGGCUCCACAAACCACACCAUAAAUGGGCUGUACCGACGCCGUUCGCCAGUUAUGCGUUUCAUCCCUUAGAUGGAUGGUCUCAGAGUCUACCUUACCAUAUUUACCCGUUGCUUUUUCCGUUGCAAAAAGGUGCUUAUCUGGGGCUGUUUAUCUUUGUCACUAUAUGGACGGUGUUGAUUCAUGAUGCUGAGUACAUGCCAACGUCGGAGGUAAUUAAUGGCGCUUCUUGUCAUACAAUGCAUCACUUGUACUUCAACUAUAAUUACGGCCAAUUUACAACGGCGUGGGAUCGUCUCGCAGGAACGUACCGAAAACCCAAGGGUGAUAGCUUUAUGGAAAGCCAGGGAAUGGAUGGGAAAGAGAAACUCGUUGAUAAGCGUGAUUGA